GGCUCCUGCCUGGAGGCAAUCUGAAGCGGCUGCUUGACAGAAGGAACAGGGAAGUGGUGCCAGAAGGCCCAGCAGUAAGUAGCAGCGGCCGCUGCUGCCAGCAGCCUUGUCUCUCUCUCUGGCCGGCAGCCAGUCACAUUCCUUGCUGUGCCCAGGAGGAUGGAGCCAGCCCCGGAUCACAGCGCGAGCCCCCACCCGCCCCGCAUUCCUCAGGGCAGGCCAGGGUGUUCUGCCCGCACGGGCUGCAGGGAGGCGCAGCGCGAGCCUCGGAGAUCAAGCCGGGGCGGCGGUGGGGAAGCUGCGGGUCAGUGACUAGCUCCCGGCAUGUCCCCAGCGCCCCGUCCCCUGCCCUGCUCCCACGUGCGCUCCCUGCCCGCCGUCUGACCCGCCCGCACUGGGCUUGGCGGAUCCCGACCCGGUGCUUGUCUCGACGGAGCUUUUAGGGCACCCGGUGACCAUGACUCAGUGCUGCCAGCCGGGCUGGGGGAGCCGAGCCGGGAUGCUGCAGCAGGCGGCCUAGGGGGAGGCGAUCGCGGGGGCCCGCAGCUCAGCCGGGCGAAGGAGCCGGAACGUCUGAAUCCUUCACUCCGGACCCGUCGCUGCUGAAGGGGAAGCAAUGAGCGCAAGGGCCCUGGCCAGUGUCCUUUGGGUGGUGCUGCUGGCGCCGUGGAGACUCUGGCACCGGGCUGAAGCGGGCUGCUCUGAAGAGAGAAGAUGCUGCCCUGGCCGGGACCCAAGCUGUGCCAGCACCGGCUGGAGGAUGGACCGAGUCUAUGGGACCUGUUUCUGUGAUGAAGCCUGCAAGCUCACGGGGGACUGCUGCUAUGAUUACUCGCAGGCGUGCCCAGCUCUUCCGUGCAUCGUUGGGGAGUGGAGUCACUGGAGUGGCUGUGCAGAGCAGUGUAAGCCUAAUUUGCGAAUGCGUAGGCGCUAUGUGAAACAGGAACCUAAAAAUGGUGGGGAACCUUGCCCCAUACUUGAAGAGAAGUCUGGCUGCCUGGAAUACCUGACUUACCAGGGGAAGGACUGCGGACAUGAACACGUUCCUGCUUUCAUAACUACCUCUGAAUACAGUAAGGAAAGAAAAAGACGAGCUGUGUCGCCACUGUGGUCUUCAGAUGCAGAGGAAGCUGGAUAUUGUGUGGAAUUUAAAACUGAAUCACUCUCUCGCCAUUGCACUGUGGAGAAUCGGCCAUACGCCCGCUGGAUGCAGUAUCUACGAGAGGGGUAUACGGUGUGUGUAGCUUGCCAGCCUCCAGCUAUGAAUACUGGCAACCAUCGUUGUUCUGGAGAUGGCCUGGGUGCGGAUGGAAAUAAAGUUCUCCGUUGGCAAGCUGUUGGUAAUCCUCGGUGCCAAGGAACAUGGAAGAAAGUUCGGCAAGUGGAACAAUGUUCAUGUCCUGUUGUGCAUAGUUUUAUUUUUACAUAAAAGUUGGAAAGAGAACUUUGAAGAACAUCCAUUAACAUCUUUAAAUCAAUUUUAUCACUUUGUGAAGCCACAAGAACUCUACUUUUCUGCUGUGCUUGCUUGCUGAACCUUAAUCGAACUUUUAAAGACAAGACAAGACUUUAGGAGCCAUUCUGGUUGAGUGUAUGUUUGCCCUGUACCCAGAUAUUAAGAUGGAUCUUCUUACUGCUGAAUACACUUUAAGCUACCUUUUUUCUCUUUUUUGUAAUUAAAAAGAUUGAAAUUAAUCUUGAAUUAAUUUAAAAUUAAUUAAAUUAAAAUUAAAUGCC